UCUCACUUCCCAAUCUGAUCUUCUUCAAAUUAUACCAGAUGGAGAAUCUAUUCCUUUCCAUUGUAGUACUUUUCAUUCCUUCUCUCCUCUUUGUGUUGAUGAUACCGAAAUUAGCAGCUUGGAAGAAAUCCAGGACAGCUAAUUCAACUCUAAAUAUUCCCCCAGGGCCAUGGAAACUUCCUCUCAUAGGAAAUCUUCAUCUUCUUAUUGGUUCUCUACCACAUCAUCGCCUAAGAGACUUGGCCAAAACAUAUGGACCCCUUAUGCAUCUACAGCUCGGAGAACUUUCUAAUAUCGUCGUUUCCUCGCCGGAGAUCGUACACGAGAUGGUAAAAACUCAUGAUGUUAACUUCUCAGAGAGGUCCUUUCUCCCUGCAAGUGUCUAUGGUCCUAUAAGCGUGGUCUCGUCGCCGUACGGAGAAUAUUGGAGACAGCUUAGGAGAAUUUACGCACAAGAACUGCUGAAUCCAGGACGCGUUCAAUCCUUCCGAUCAAUCAGGGAAGAAGAGGUAUCCAAUCUACUCAGAUAUUUGUCUUCAAGUGUGGGCACGUCAAUCAAUCUUACAGAGCAGAUAUUUUCGAUGACGUAUGGUAUCACAGCAAAGGCGGCCUUUGGUAGGAAAUGCAAAGAUCAAGAGGCUUUCAUUUCGCUUGUUAGGGAAAUUUUGAAGAUUACUGGAGGUUUUGGUCUUUCUGAUGUGUUCCCUUCCCAAAAAUGGCUUCGUUGGAUCAGUGGCGUGGGGCCUAAAAUAGAGGAAAAUUUCAAGAAAACCGAUGAAAUUGUAGAAAGAAUUAUGAAAGAUUGGCGAGAAGAAACAGAAGCGAAGACCGGCGAGGGUAAAGGAAAUAGUUUUUUAGAUGUCCUUUUGAAUCUUCAAGAAAAAGGUGAUCUUGCAUAUCCAUUGGCAGACCCAAACAUCAAAGCUAUUCUCCUGGAUGUACUCGUCGCCGGGAGUGACACGACGUCGACGUUCCUGGAGUGGGCAAUGUUGGAGAUGUUGAGAAAUCCAAGAGUGAUGGAGAAAGCACAAGCCGAGGUGAGACAAGUGUAUGGAGCAAAAGGGAAAGUUGAUGAAACAUGUCUUCAUGAAUUGAAGUACUUAAAGCUAUUUAUCAAAGAGACUUUCAGGUUGCACCCUCCUGGUCCCUUUCUUCUUCCAAGAGAAUCAAAAGAAGAUUGUGUUUUAAAUGGAUACUACAUACCUGCCAAGACUAAAGUCAUAAUCAAUGCAUGGGCAAUAGGUAGAGAUCCCGAAUAUUGGACUGAACCCGAGCAAUUUUACCCCGAGAGGUUUAUCGAUAGUUCGAUUGACUUCAAGGGGACUAAUUUUGUGCUCAUCCCAUUUGGUGCUGGUAGGAGGAUGUGCCCUGGCCUAACAUUUGCUAUGGCUGAUAUUGAGCUUCCUCUUGCAGCAUUACUGUUCCAUUUCGAUUGGAAACUUCCCGGCGGGAUCACCCACAAAAAUCUAGACAUGACCGAGAUUUUUGCUGGCACGGUUGGAGUAAAAGGGGGUCUCCACUUAAUCCCUGUUAAUCCUUUUAGUUCAUCCUCUAUUUAGUCUUAGACGUUCAUUAUAAUCCCAGUUGAAGGGUACUAUUAUUAUCUAUUGACAAUAAGGAAGCUAAGCUCAGUGGAAUAAUAAAGUAAAAUAGUUUAGGGCUUAGUUUGUAGCAAAAAUAAAGUGUAUUAGUUUGUA